GUUUUAAUGCCAGGUCUAAGGAUGUCGAACCAAUUGAUUUAUCUCAGGAUUCAAAAGAAAAUAACGCUGGUGAUUCAAAAGAAAAUAAAGUUAUUUUAAAUGUUGGUGGUGCAAAGUAUGAAGCAUAUAAAUCAACUUUUACAGCCUAUCCUGAAACUUUAUUGGGAUCAAUGUUUAGCGAGAGCAAUAAAUCUCCAACACCUUCAAUUGAGACUAACAAAUCCCAUCCUAUCAAGUUAGCUGGAUUUAGCGCAACCCCGUUAGCUGGAUUUGGUCAAUCUAAGCCAUUUGGCCAUAGCAAAACUCAGCAAAAUGAAUACUUUUUUGAUAGAGAUGGACAAGUAUUUCGGUACAUCAUGCAAUUUUAUCGUACUGGAAAAAUUGUAUGGCGAGAACGUGAAGAUUCUUCAAAUGGGAUUACUCGUCAAGAAAUUGAAGACGAAUUGAAAUUUUUUAAAAUUCCAAAGAAUGUAAUUGAAUUGAAUCCUAUCACCAAAAUUAUGGCCUCUCGUAUCAAUGAAUUUACUGAGUUCUUUAUGAAAGCAAUUGAAAAAUAUAUUUAUACUGGAUAUUCCAAAGAAAACUUGACAUUUGCUUUCUAUGAAGAUGGAACGCUACCAACAUGUUGUCCUAUUCUUAUAAAACCCUUUCUCGAAAGUCAGAAAUUUAAUGACUUUCAAUAUAUUGGAUUUACUUUAUUGCAAGGCGUUGGAGAUGAAAUUGGAAAGUUUUUAAAAAAUGAGAUUCCACAGCUUCAAUGGUCUAUUUGUAUUAAAGAUCGUCAUUGUUUUGUUAAUAUUUCUAUCACAAAUCCUUUCAUUAGCGAUAAAGAAUUAAUAAUUUUGAAUUCUUGCCUCGAAAAAACUAGAUGUAUCUAG